AUGAAUCCAGACGCGCCAGCCUUUAUUCCCACAUUUGCUCGCGACAGCGUCCACCGUCGUGUGUACACUCGUGCAACAUUAAAGAAUAUUGAGUUAAAUGUGAUCCAAAACAUCUCCUGCGCUCCUUUGACAGGCGCCCAUUUGACCCUUCGCACACCGAAAGACUUUGCCGCACUUUUAAAGCUUCCAUACGCUAUUGAGUGGUUGGAUGUGGCUCAUGUGGUUUCUUUGGUGCGGAGUGGUCAUCGUGUCGUGCAGAAAGGCCCGCUUCACAGGGAUUCUUGUGAUCAAAACCAUGGCAAAAUCGAUAAUAAGCGUCCCCGUUGUAUUCAGUGCCAGCAGGGUCGGGAAACGUGUACUUUGAUCGGUGAGGUGGUUGCCGCUUCAGUACGCCGUGCAGCCUCCAGUCGACUUGGAGCGGCGAUGCUUCAAUCCGGUGAUGUUGUAUGGGGUCUGUUGCAGCUGGCUUUGGUUUUUGAUGCCCGUCAAAGUUCCUUGCGGCUUCGCUUGCUGGCUGAACGACAUCCAGGCGUGGUGGAAUGCAUUCGACAAUACCU